AUCAACUGAAAAAGAAUCGACUCAUAUAGCAAGUACAUCAACACUCUGAGAUUCACACAAUCUCUCUCUUAUUGAUUGUCUUGUAUCAACUGAAAAAGAAUCGACUCAUAUAGCAAGUACAUCAGCACUCUGAGAUUCACACAAUCUCUCUCUCUCUCUCUAAGAACAGUAAAGAUUUGCAGGAAAGAGAAAGUAAAAUUGGGGGCAUUAAUGGAGGAUACAAUAAGAAGCGGGAGGCAUGACUUGAAUUUGGCUUCAAGAAAAGCCGAAGAAGCAGCUUGGAGGCGUUUCGAAGCAACUCAGUGGCUAGAUAGCUUAGUUGGACCACUAGGCAUAUCAACUCAACCAUCAGAGAGAGAGUUCAUUUCUUGCUUGGGAAAUGGUUUGGUCCUCUGCAAUGCCAUUAACAAGAUCCAACCAGGAUCAAUCCCAAAGGUCGUGGAGAGUAACGCACCCUCACAAUUCCUGACAUGGGAUUCUCAACCAUUGCCCGCUUAUCAGUACUUUGAAAAUGUUCGAAACUUUUUGGUAGCAGUUGAAGAAUUGAAGCUACCUACAUUUGAAGCAUCUGAUCUUGAAAGAGAUAACUUGGAAGUUGGGUCAUCGGCGAAGGUGGUUGAUUGCAUUCUAGCUCUGAGAGGAUACCAUGACUGGAAGCAAUUGAGUGGAGGAAAUGGAUUCUUUAAGCCCCCGAGAUCUCCUCUGCUUAUGCAUUCUGCAAAUAGGGUUCACUCACGAGCUUCGGAAGCAAUCUUCUCAGACACUUGCCAACAAUUAGACAUGUCCAAAGCCUGUGACGACAUUCCACUCACCGAGAGUGGAGUUCAAAAACUUGAAGAUUUGAUUGCCAAGGCCAUUGUUGAAUGUAUGAUUGACAAAAAGGAAAACAUAGAUAAUAAUCUUAUUGCUUCCUUUCGUAGUGGCAAUCUGGAUCCGGGCAAGUUAUUCGGCAACAUCAUGUCUACUUGUUUGGAGGAACAACUCCAAAACAAGUUCCCUAAGUUGAAAUCGAUCUUCAAAGAUCUCCUUGGAGGAGGUAGCUCACUUGCUCAUCCAAUAUCACCACCACCUCUAGAGCCUCUAGAGAAUUUAUCUAUUAGAAAUCUGAAGUGUUGUAGAGCUUGCUUGAAAAAGGGUAGCUGCAACUACUGGUAUCUAUUUCAAGUGCAAGAAAAAGAACUAUCAAAUCUCAAGGAAUUGUUGUCCAGAACAAAGAGGGAAUUCAAAGACUUACAAUCUCAAUUGCAAAGCGAUUUGAAACAUUUGGGGAGUCAGGUACAGGAGAUGUCUACUGCUGCUCUUGGGUAUCACAAGGUUGUGAAAGAGAACAGGAACCUAUACAACAUGGUUCAGGAUUUAAAAGGGAAUAUUCGAGUUUAUUGCAGAAUUAGACCUGCCUUCCGUGCCAAAGCAAGAAAUGUGAUAGAUGUUAUUGGAGAAGAUGGGUCAUUAGUGGUUCUUGACCCAUUGAAAACCCAAAAAGAUGGGAGGAAAGUUUUUCAAUUCGAUCAUGUGUUUAGACAAACUGCUACUCAAGAUGAGAUAUUUAAGGACACUCAACCAGUAAUUAGGUCUGUAAUGGAUGGAUACAAUGUAUGCAUUUUUGCUUAUGGUCAAACUGGAUCUGGAAAAACACAUACUAUGUGUGGAUCAACUAGGGACCAGGGAAUCAAUUAUCUAGCUCUCAGUGAUCUCUUUCGGCUGUCUAAUACAAGGAAGAACAUCAUGAAAUAUGAUAUUCAUGUCCAAAUGGUUGAGAUAUAUAACGAGCAAGUACGAGAUCUUCUUGCCGAAGAUUCUAAAAACACAAAAUUAGAAAUUCGAAGCUGUACUAGUGAAAAUGGCUUGAGUAUUCCUGAUGCUUCCAUGCAUUAUGUGGAAUCCACCAAUGAUGUUCUUAGCCUGAUGAAACGAGGUGAUCUCAAUCGUGUUGUCAGUUCCACUGCCAUCAACAACCAAAGUAGUCGUUCCCACAGUGUCUUGACAGUACAUGUGCACGGUAAAGAUGUAUCUGGAAGUAUUCUUCGCAGUUGCCUCCAUUUGGUGGACCUUGCAGGAAGUGAACGGGUUGAAAAGUCAGAAGUUAACGGUGAUGGCCUCAAGGAGGCACAAUACAUAAAUAAAUCUCUUUCUGUUAAAACAUUGAUGUUCGCUCAUGUGAGUCCUGAAGCAGAUUCUUUUGGGGAGACAAUCAGUACUUUGAAGUUUGCUCAGAGGGUCUCGACAGUUGAACUUGGUGUAUCUCAUAUGAACAAAGAGAGCAGUGAGGUUAUGGAACUCAAGCAACAGAUUGAGAGCCUCAAGAAGGCAUUGGCUAACAAGGAAGCACAGACUGUUCGACCUACUAAAUCAAAGGAGCCAAGAUCACCACUUGAGAAACCACCGCAUGCAAGGACUGAACGUACUCCUCCACGCUCCCAAAGGUUGAGCAUUGAAAAUUCCAACAAAACGGAAAUGAAGAGAGCAAUCAAUUCUGUUGACAAAAGGGGACCUAAAAGCCCUUCUAUGCCAACUCGCUCACAGAGAUUAAGUUUAGAAGGUUCAAGAACUGUUCCCAAGGAUCCAGUGCAGAUCAAACUAUCUGAAACUGUGAGCAAUCUCCUACCAUCCGAAGCAGUGUUGGUACAGAAAUAUACCCAAUUUCAAGAUCCUGAAGCAGCCACAAAGCCAUAUGGACAUGUCAGUAAUGGUGAAUCCAUGAUCGACAUAUAUCGUCCAAGGGCUCCUCAGAGUCCAACUCUUCAACCCAAGACACCUGAGCCACCAAAACUUGUUAGAAAUGAGGUUCAUAUCAUGAUGCACGGUGAGUCUAACUUUUCUACGGAGCCUCGAACCCCUGGCUUGACUAGUAAUGCAAAUGGAAAAGGAUCUCACAUAAGGAAAUCGCUUCGGACAAUUGGGAAGCUGAUUAACGGCUCUGGGAAAAGGAAUCAACAAAAAAAAGUUGAAGCAUCCCCAGUAAAUGGCAUGCGCAAGAUUCAUGAUGCAAGGUCACCAGUUUCGUCUAAUGCAUCCCCACUGACGGGUGUCGUUCAAACAUCAGACAGGAGAUCUCCUCUUGGAGGUGCAAAUGAAACUAGAAAUUCGAAGACACCGCCUCCGGUCCACAUAUCGGCCAAGGCAACGAAUCAGUGGAUGUAGAUCAUUUAGCAAUAAGCAGCAGAGGAUAAUAGUGGUGCGGUGCUUCGGCUCGAAGCAUACUCUGCUGAGAUUUGAUUUAGGACACACUUUUUAAUUCAGAGUAGCCAUGACUUCUGUUUACAACAAACCAUUUGUUGACAUUUUGCCAGAUUAAUAAUUCAUUCAUAUGAUUUCAGCUUC